GACGCCUCAACGGAUUUGUCUGAUCAGCAACAAGGUCAAAAUCAGGGUACUGGAGAAACACCUGAGACCCGAGAUACAGAAUCUCAAAUCGGACCUAUUGAUUUAACUGGUAAUUCUGGUAAAAGUAAAACACCAGAAAGAAACAUUCAAGCAUCGCAACAACAACAGACACAAGACACAGUGCAGGGCGAAAUAGAAGGCUCAAAGAAGAAAAUCGAGGAGCCUGGCUCGUCAGCGACCCUGGAUGAGGAUAUUAUAAAGAUAUUGGGUCAGGCGCCAGAAACUGGAGAAGCUUGUCAAAAAAUUCAUGCAGAUGUUGCGAUGGAAUGCAUGGAUAAAAUCGGGCCUGAAAAAAGAGGAGAAAGAAAAUCUGCUGAAAAAUACCCUCGAGGGGGAUCCUGUCUGCUAGAGGCUCCAAUUCUGAACUCGGAAAUAGCGUCCACCCUAAAUGAAUCAGCGUUAAAGCGAGAUAAGUAUUUCUGCAAUACACAAAAACUAGCAGGGUCAAGUCUGUCAGCACUAGCUCCGGUAAUUAAUCUACUACUGGAAAAAGAUAAAAUCGACUCAAAGGAAAUACUGGGCAACAUUUGGGACGCAGCAAGAAUCCAAGCCGAGCUCCAUCACUCGCAAUCCAUCGCCCGACGCGCGUAUAUCCUACCAGGACCGAGAAAACAGGUAGCAUCCUCAUUAGAGGAAAGACAAAUCGAUACGCAACUAUUUGGUGAUAAGCUAGGGGAAAAAAUUAAAGAAAUAAAGUCUAUGGACAAACUGACCCACGAUUUAAAAGUCCAACCCCAGAAGAAAAGCCUAACAUCCAGUUCGGGAAACUGGAACGGCUCGUCAGUACCCCGCAGGCCGACGUUCGUGACGAGCCAGAAGUUCAAACCUCAGACUCCCAAGUCGGCUGCCCAAAAACUACCAGCAAGGCUUUCCAGCCAGAGCAGACCCAAUCAGACUCCGAAUCAGAGCUAUCGUCGUCAUCAAUCGAACAACAGCAGCAGCACCAACAGAUCACGAACCCAU